AUUACGUCGAGACGUGAGCAGAUACACGAUGUGGGUUUUACUUUUUAUUUUUUCUGUCACAUCGUGUGACGCUGCAGAGUUCAGCUCACGACCAACAAAUGUCAGUCUGCUUCUAUUACAUUUCACGAGCGAAGCGAUAAAAGGUCCAGUCGUUUUAGCACCUUUCGGGAUAUGGAGCUUGAUGGCAGGCGUGUCAUUUGGUGCCACCGGCGAUACGAAAAGUGAAAUCUUUAGAGCUUUUCUAUUACUUACCGAUAGAAAGAAAUUCAACGAACAAUAUAAAAACUUAACGGAUGUGCUGUUCCGAGAAAGUGCGACUGGUGUGGAGUUUUCGAAUACAAAUUACUUCUUUGUUGAUAAGGACUCCUUUAUGCUUCCGGAUUUUAGGGAUAUGUUAACGAACGAUUUUAAUACGAAAUUCAUGACUAUCGACUUCCAAGACCCAAUCUCAGCAGCCGAUCGUGCGAAUUCGAUAAUUAAAACUCUAAGUCCCUCAGCGACGGUAUUUCAUUCAGAUGAUUUUAAAGAUUCAACGAUUAUUAUGAGCAAUGUUAUGAUUUUUAAAGGCGAUUGGUCAUCACCCUUUAACAAGUCAAAUACCGUAUUGGAAUUGGUAAAUUCUUUCGACGGUAAACGUGACAACGUGAACAUGAUGCAUAUGAGAGCGAAAGUACGCUCCAGCCACAUGGAUUCCAUGAAGGCUACUGUGACGGAGUUGCCUUAUGGAAAUGACGGAAAAUACUGUAUGCUACUAUUAUUCCCCGACCCAAAUGUCAGUAUAAAAGAAAUGUACAGGAACUUCGAAAGAGUUACUUUCAAGGAUAUAUUUGCAAAGCUUCAGGGCGAUGACGAUGAAAUCGGACCAAAAGAAAUUGACGUAAAGUUACCAAGAUUUGUAAAAAGAUCAAAAAUAAUAUUGAAUAAACCACUUAACGAUAUGGGCAUAUACGAUGCAUUCGAUUCAAACUAUGCUACAUUUGCCAGGAUAGCACGUGUGCCAAUUUUUAUAGACGCAAUUGAACACCACGCUAUCGUUGUAGUAACGGAAUCUGGGACCAUGGCGUAUGGAACUACGCCGGGUAUAACUGCGAAAUUUCCCACUUUUAAGGAAAAUAAGGUGUUGCCACCAUUUUCUUUUUUUAUUAUAGAAAAGUCAACAGCAACAGUGAUUUUCGGCGGUAUAUUCUAGUAUUUACGUUAAAAAACCAAAAACGUUACAUAAAAAGUGUACUCGAAUACAAAAUGGGUAGAGAAAAGAGAUGAAGUAAAAAUCAAUUGUAAAAUUAAAAGUACUUACUUAUAAAAUAUAAUUAAAAAACGGCAGUGAAAAUAACUUUUAUAAAAAGAAUUUUGCAAAUUGACAAUACGGUGUGAUAAUAUUACCAACUAAGUGAUAGAUAAUGAUAUUAUUUUAAGAAUCAUGUACAGGAUUAUUUCCGUUUGGUCAUUAAACUGACUUGCGAAUACAUAUUUUUUACUGAA